GACAAAUGAGUAAAAAUCGAAUAAUUUUGUCGUAUACAUACAGGUACCGAAAAAAAUAACGCAAUAGACUGCUAUUUCAUAAUUCUGAGGAUCCACAAACCAGAUUUGUUCCAGAAGGGUGACUGGAGCAGCCAUGUCGUCAGGUGGUGUGCAAGGUGCGACAAAGGACGCGGGCAAGGCGUUCAAGGCGAGCGACGGCGACUGGAUAUGCUCCGAUCCACAGUGUGGAAACAUGAACUUCGCUCGCCGAACAUCCUGCAACAGAUGUGGCAAAGACAAAGAUUCCAAGGCUAAAGUUAUCCGGACCGGAGGUGUGGAGAUCGGCAAGGCUGCAGCAGAGAAAAGUAAAGGAUUGUUCAGUGCUGAUGACUGGCAGUGUAAAACGUGUGGGAACGUGAACUGGGCCAGGAGGAAUGAAUGUAACAUGUGCAAGGCACCAAAAUAUGGGAGGAUGGAGGAACGCACAGGGUACGGAGGAGGUUACAAUGAGCGUGAGGAUGUGGAGUAUGUGGAGAGAGAAGAGUCAGAUGGAGAGUAUGAUGAGUUUGGAAGAAAGAAGAAGAAAUUCCGAGGUGUGACCAGCAAAUCUUCCACACCUCCUCCUGAUGAGCCUGCUGGGAAGGAGGAAGAAGAAGAAGAAGAGGAGGAGGAGGAGGAGGGGGGAGACACCUCCAAAUAUGACUUGGAUUCAGAUGAGGAUGAUGAUGCAGACCUCUCCAAGUAUCAGUUGUCGAGUGAUGACGAGGAAAACUCACACAAAGGCAGCCACCGCUCAAGUUCCGCCUCCAGCUCGCGAUCAAGUCGUUCCAGGUCGUCAAGUUCCGGGAGUUCCAGCUCCGCCCAAUCACGGUCCAGGUCCAGGUCAGAACAACGUCGUGGGAAGCGGCGCCACUCACGGUCGCGCUCUCGGUCAGGGAGCAGAAAACGCAACCGGCGCGGCAGUGACUCCGGAUCACGCUCCAGUUCUGGGGAAAGACGUUCCUCGUCUAGUUCCUAGCUGCCACAGCCAUCGUCACUUACAUCUACCAAGUCUGGACAGUCUGCAUGCAGAGGUUUUUUUUGUGUUGUUUUGGGUUAGGUGUGGGAAGCCUGAAAGGUAGGGAUGUUGGAAUGUAUGAUGUACACUCGAAAAUUAGCAAUACUGACAUGGGGUUAGGGCUGCGUACAUGUUAACAUAACAUCAGGUACAGGUACCGGUACAGAGGUCCAGAUACAGGUCCGAUGCGGUAGUGUAAAUUUAUAUUGGUACAGUAUUGGUACGUAGUGAUUCAGUGUUUUUGACCUGUACCUGGUAGAUUUUUUUGGUACUGUACUGGUACUGUGUACCAGUACGCAGCCCUGGUCAGAGUCAGGAUACAAACCUCACAACAUUUGGCCUCAAAAUUAAGGCCUAGUGGACAGGUUUGGGCUUAAACACAGUAUAACCAUUGUAACAGUUCACAUAACUGUUUGGUUUGACUGAUUCUGAACUACAGUUGAUACACACUUGUAGGCCAUAGGUACUGUGUUUACAUGUAUCUUCUUAUAAUUACAAAUCAGACUGACAAUGAUUUAAACUUAUGGAGUAUCGAACCACAUAAUUAUGGGAAUUUUCAAGAAAUUUUCUUAAAAUUUGAUCCAUUUUCUGGUUGUUGUAUAAACAACAAAAAAGAAGGAAAUGACUUGAGAAAAUUCCCAGUCAGAAAUUUAUUUUGAUUCUUCCAGGUAGGUUGUUACGGACUAAUGUGUGUAUGUGUGAGGUUAGAUUUUGUAGGGUUAGUAAAUAAAUACACUACUUUUUUUUCCUUUUUCUCUAUCAUGUCAUAGCCUGGGUACCAUCCAGAUUUUGCAGCGUAGUGGAGGCAAGCAAAAUCUGGAUGGUACCCAGGCUACUAUGUCAUGAGUAAUAAUUAUUGCAACAAUAAAUUCCUUGCUACGUAUUUGGUCACACCAGUGAUGAGCAUACUGUGUGUCAAGUGCUACAUGUACAUUGUACAUGUAGGUUUGUGUAGAAUAUGAUAGUCAUCAAUUGUAACUAAUACUCCUGUUAUGAACAUGUACAUGGUUUUGGGCUAUAUGAGGAGAGGACUAGGUGUCAGGAGCCUAUAGCUUGUUGAAAAUGUGAAAACAUAAAGUUGCUGCAUAUACUUGUGUUUAUGGAAAGAAAGUACAUUUUGAAUGUAUGAAAUGCCUUUUUUGUUAUGUACCAUUUAGACACACAGAAAAUGUCAGAAUUUUAGAAAGGCACACAACAAAUAUUAAUUUGUGUGAUUUCUUGCACAGUACAUAGCAUUAACUACUACUAGUACUAGUACAUGUACUUCUGCCAUAUCCUAGAUUUGUGUACAUAGUUCAGUCAACUGUUGAAUUAGUCUUUGUGAAUGUUGUAUGUCCUACUCAAGUCUAUGAAACACUUCAUCCUUUUAGUUUGUAGCCUUUCUGACCAAACUACAAUGUGAACCAUGUUGGUGAAGGUUAAACAUCAAGGCAAACAGUAUUCAAAGACAAAUCAAACUCUGCUUCUGGAUGAAUUACUGAGAUUACAUCCAGAUGUUUUGAGUGAAAUCUGUCACUCGUUUUUCUUCUUCAGAGUCAACUCUCAAGUAUGUGGGGCCCCGCCAAGGGACAGUGUUGUCUUACCAUGGGAACUAUCUUAUAAUCAUUUAUAUAGAAGUGACCCUUAUGAGUCUUUGUCAUGUUCAACUGGUUAUUCUUGUUCCUUCACAUGUGAUAAGUGUUGACUUGUUCUUUCAGUUAAUUUUAGUGACACUGAAGAAGAGUGGUGGAUGUCACUCAAAGUGUCCGGAAGUAAUGUCUAUAAUUUGUCCAAGAGUAGAGUUUGGUUUGUCUUUGAAUCCAAUGGAAACCGUGUCUUCACUAUGACUGAAUGAGACAUCUACAUUGAAUGUGCAAACAUCAAUGAACAGCUAGACCAUUUUUACAAGUGUUUACGUGACAUGUACGUAACAUCUAUGUGUUUCCAGUACUUAUCUCACUCAAGACAACAGGUUUUCUGUUCUCUAGUGCACUGUUGAUAUGUGAUGGUGAAUAGACUUGAAUGACAGUACAUGUAUGCGCAUGUAUCAGUACAAUGUUCUCCUUCACACUAUUUCUUUACCUGUUCAGUCACUCUAUCCUACCUUUGUAAGCUUUCUAUGACUGUGAGAAGGUUUUUAAAUGGCCAACAAUUUCCAGACACCAAUUCUGUCCUGAUUUUUUCCUGCUUUGUCCUGUAUAGAGUGUAGGUAAGGGCAUGGUUGGCAGUCAAAUUUCUGUUAAAUUCAUAUAAAAAGGCGUGGACUAAAUUUAGUCAGACUGCUCCCAAACUUCAGUUGACCAUUCUGUAGCCUCAGAAAGUCAGCAUAUACCAGAAAUGUUCAUCUGGAUAUGAUGUUUGGCCAAUGACAUACUCAUACACUCAUGUACAUGCACUACAGUGGACAUCAGAAAGUUUAGCCUGGGUGCCAUCCAUUUUGUAACAGGGCUCCUUGCUUUUGCUACCCAGAAAAAAAACUAGUAAGCGAGAGCAAGUAGCCCAGUUCCAAAAUGGCUGACACCCAGGCUACAGAAAGUUGAGGCAGGUCAGGAAAUUUCCGGAAUAGAUGAAGAAAUAACGUAAAAUUUGUCCUUUCAUUGUAAAACAGGUUUUGAUUGUGUAACUGAGUUGCUUACCGAUUAGUGGUGUAGUUUGACCUAAUGUAUGGGUUUGUUAAGAGGAGAUUAUAUGGGUGUGUAGCUAAUUACUGACAUAGAAGUUGUAUCAGUGUAAUUGUGUAACAUGUAUGCAUGAAUUUUUGACCAGCCAAUAUAAGAUUUCUGACCUAUUUUUUGCGGCAUAUAUACAUCUUGACAUAAAUGUACAAUUCUAAAGCAA